GAGCGCGCAGGGCCAUGUGAGCAGCUGGCGGCGGCAGCGGCCUCGGGGAAGACAGAUGGGGUGAGAGACAGCGCGGGUCCGGCUGUCAGCGGCCGAGCCCCGCCGCGGAGGGAGCCCCUCCUCCCGCUGUGCGCUCCCGGCCGGGGCAACCAUGGCGUCCAGCGAGGAGGACGGAGGCGGUAACGGCGCGGUGGAGGAGAAGGAGAAGGGCAAGAAACGGAAACUAGGCGCCCUGGCCACAGCCUGGCUCAUCUUCUACAACGUCGCCAUGACCGCGGGGUGGCUGGUAUUAGGUAUUGCCAUGGUGCGGUUUUAUAUACAGAAAGGAACACAUAGAGGCUUAUUCAGAAGCGUUCAAAAGACGCUUAAAUUUUUCCAGACAUUUGCUUUGCUUGAGGUAGUCCACUGUGCAGUUGGAAUAGUUCGCACAUCUGUGCUUGUGACUGGGGUCCAAGUGAGUUCAAGAAUCUUCAUGGUGUGGUUCAUUGCACAUAGCAUAAAACAGAUCCAGAAUGAGGAGAGCGUUAUUCUUUUUCUGGUGGUAUGGACUGUGACAGAGAUUACUCGAUAUUCCUUCUACACAUUCAACCUGCUCAACCAUUUGCCAUACUUCAUUAAAUGGGCCAGAUACAACUUUUUUAUCAUUUUGUAUCCUGCUGGAGUUGCAGGUGAACUGCUAACCAUAUAUGCUGCUUUACCUUAUGUGAAGAAAACAGGAAUGUUUUCACUGAGACUUCCGAACAAAUAUAAUGUCUCCUUUGACUACUAUUACUUCCUUAUUAUUGUCAUGUUCUCCUAUGUGCCGUUAUUUCCACAACUCUACUUCCACAUGCUGCGGCAGAGAAGAAGGGUGCUUCAUGGAGAAGUGAUUGUGGAAAAGGACGAUUGAAUCAGGAUGUGUAACUGUGGUGCUUUUAGUGGAAAACAAAAAAGAGGGUAAAACCUCAAUAUUUCCUGUGAUUUUUCUGAGUCCAAGUUUUAAAACAUGGAACAAGAAUAAACAACUGUGCAUAAAAUAGCAUGGAUUCUAUUAUUUUUACAACUGAUAUAUUUUCAGACCUAUCUUUUCAUCCUCAGUUUCGCUUUGGUUUUUAAUUGUCUAAUUCUUCAAACAAAUUAUUUUCUUAUUUUCACAAAUAGUUUUCUUAGUUUCACAAAUAGCUUUAAGAAUUGGAAUAGUUGGCUACUGUGCCCUCUAUUCAGAAAGUUGUGUUAUGACCUGUAGUCAUCAUCAAGAACAGGAGAGUUGAUAAGUUGUACUCAAAGUGAGUCUUCUGGAAAACAGCAGAGCGUAAAUUGGGUAAUUGUGUUUUUCGUAGUCUAGGUGGCUUGAAUGUUAUUUAAGCUUUAUAUUAAAUAAUACCUUUCCUGUUAUAAGUACUGUAGCACAUUGUUGAACAAUCUUUGAAUUACAGUAGGACUUUGGAUAGCAGCUGAGUCUUUGAUUUUCAGUGCAAAUUUGGAUCUCCCUGUAUUUUCAUUUGUAAUUUACAGAUACGUAGAAUAACAGAUAUCACAUUAAGUGUUUAAAAGUUUGUGCUGAGGAGCAGACUUGAUGUGCCUACCUUUCUCUGAUCAGUGGCUGGAAUAGGACUCAUUUGCAGAGAAAGUCUGACUAACAUGGUGUUUGCUAUUCUACACUUAAAUUAUGUAUGCAGAAAAAUCUCAGUUUUGCAUUUAGAAACUGUAGCUAUAGUGAGAUAUUUGACUUCUUAUAAAUAGCUCUGUGGGAUAAAAUAUAUUUGAAAUAAUGUCUUAAAAUAGAAAUUGUGCUUUGAAUCAUCCCAUUGUGCAAUUUUAAUUGCUUCCUUUCCAUUAAUUGUUUAUACUGCGUUGACCUAAUUCUAUUCAAUGUCUUCAAUAAUCUGCAAGAAGGAUCUGCAGUAUAUUAAUGAAAGUUACAGAUGAUAUUGCAUUAUAUGAUACCUGAGUAGGAGGGGUCCAACAAAUUAGACACUGCCUAAGGGAUUCAGAGAAAAGGUAAUGCAUUUGAGGAAACUUGGAUACUUAGUGAGAGAGAGAGAGAGAAGAUUGAAAUGUAGUAAUGUGGUAAGCAGCUUUGAUAACGUAGGCAACAAGAUUGCUUCUGGCAUCACUAAUGUCAAAAGAAGAGUAUAUAUGCAGACGAGCUGCAUUAGGCAGCUAAAAAUCAGAAUAUUUGUGAUUGCUGAGGUGAUAUCUGGAGUACAGUCUUAUAUUUUUGGGUACCUCAAGAAUUGAGACAAUCUUCGGAAAAGUCACAGAGCAAAGCCAUGAUUAGUUUAAGUGAGAAAGAAGUCGGAAAGAUUGAGUCAUUAAUGUGCAUAAUUUUUUGUUUUAGGAGAAAUACAUGUAAAGGAAGAGGCUUUCUAAGUAUAAUGGUGCAACUGGAAUUGAUUAUAUGAAUUUGAAACAAGGUGAAUAGCCAAUGAAUGUCAGGAGAAAGAUCCUACUAAUGAGAUCAGUUAGGUUAUGGAAUGACACAGUAGUGCUUAUCAAUGCAUACAAUUUCUUGGAAGGUUUUCAUUUAUAUUUCGCAAGAGUUUGAGCUAUGUACUUGCAGAGGCAGUUUCCAUUUUUAGGUUCAGUGAUUCUGUGGUAAUACAGCUUUUUUGAAAUUUGUAGCUGCAACUUUUUUCUGGUGUAUCAGGUAGUUUGAUAAGAAAAGCAAGGAUUUGCUAUAUCCCUAACUUUUCAAAUUCCAUUUUGUGCCUUAAAUUUGUGAUAUUUAUGCCUGUCUUCAUUACACGUAAAUGAGUUUCCUUUCAAACAAUAGGUGCAUAGUGGACUUGAGAUAGAAGAGUUGUAUUUUUUGCAGUUUUAAAAGGUGGAAUCUUCGUAUUCUUUAAAACAAAUUUCACACAAGGUGCUAUAAUUUAACUUACUACUUCUGUGUUUUGUAUGCAGCUAAAAUUAUUAAAGGUUGGAGAUAUAAACUGUAUUUACAACACUGCAUCACAAAAUAGUUGUGUUACACAUAUUCAGACUAGCAGUUGUAUUUGUCCAAAGUUCUUAAAGUACUGUUUUAUAAACUCCACUUGCUUUUUGAUCCAUGAGGAACAUCAUGGCAUUUUUCAGAAGUAUAUCUCAGUUAGCAAGCAGAAUAGUGUGACUAAAUAUAACUAACUAAAAUUAGAUUAAAUUCUGUGUCUUUUUUACUGUCAGGGCAGCUCACUGAAGACCAUAGCUUACCAAUUAAUUGAAAAUGCAUUGGAUACUUUAAGGGUGUGAUUUUGAAAUCCUUGGUCAGAUGAGUGUAUCCCACAGAUACUAUUCCUGCAAUAAAAGGAAUACUUGCACUAUAAUACUGUAUUAUAUUUUUUUUCAUUGUGGCCUAAGGAUAUUAUACGUCCAUCAAGGAGCUAUUUUUAUAUCCUUUUGUACAUGUGACAUGAAAAAAAUACAGCACUGUUUGCUAAAAUCUUGAGUUGCACUUUCAUAGAGCAGCAGUGUACAAGGUAGUGAUACAAUUUAAAAACUGAUUUACAGCUACAAUAUAGUCAUGAUAAAUGAGUACAAAUAAAGCUAAAAAUUACUUACAGUAUCACAUUCAGCGUUUCAUAGACCAGAGAGAUUGCCAUGUAGAUUAUUUGACAUGGCAUGUACAUAAAAAAAGAGUAAGCAACAUGUAUCUUUCCUUACUCCUCUUUUUUGGCUGAAACCUUUUGCUGAAGCCUCCAUGUAUACCUUUUCAUAGAAUCACUAAGGUUGGAAAAGACCUGCAAGAUCAUCGAGUCCGACCUUUGACCAAACACCACCAUGUCAACUAGACCACAGCACUAAGUGCAAUGUCCAAUUGCUUCUUGAAUGCUUCCAGGGAUGGUGACUCCACCAUCUCCCUGGACAGCCAGUUCCAAAGUCUGACCACCCUUUCAGUGAAGAAAUUCUUCCUGAUGUCCAACCUGAACCUCCCCUGGUGCAGCUUGAGGCCUUUUCCUCUUUUCCAGUUGUUAGUUGCUAUAUUGUUAAAAUAUCUUCUGAAAGAUAGUGAGAAUUGCAAGUAAAAUCCUCUUGCUAUUGACUUCAGACUUCCUAGGUAGCUUACUAAAAUUUCAGUAUAACAUCAUGAAAAGUUUAAUUAGCUUGUUAAAUGGACAUUAAAAUUAAGUAUGAUUUUCACAUGGUGCUCUCUUUCCAACUUCUUUUUUACACCUGUCUUGUUUUGUCUUAUUCUCUGCAAUAUUCUUAGUUUUCUAAAGCAGUUAAAUCCUCCUGCUUAUGUAAGAUUAGAAAUGUAUUCAAACAUAAGCAUCUCUACUGUUUUCAUGUAGUCUUUAACGAAUUGUUUUCUUACCUGUGCUAUACAUGUUUUCUGAAAUGAAUUCAUAUAGAGCAUGGCCUUUUGAAGCUUUUCUAAUGACAUUAGACAGGAAUAUGCAUUUGGAAGGAGAUUCAUAUUCAUCAGGUGACCUUGCCUACUAUUGGUAGUAACAGAAACACACCACCCUUCAUAUAAAAUCCAGCUAAAAGCCGUUGGAUUUCUUGAGGUUCUCCCCAGCACUCUCACAGCAUUCCUGUUGUGAAAGGCUGUUUUGAGACAGAUUGAGGUGGCUUGUGUCAUCACAACUCUGCCCAGAAUGUCUGGAAGCCAGAUCCUGGCCUCAGGGCAAGGACAGCAGAAAGGAAUAUGAUGCUGAGAUAUUGCAUCUCCUUCGUUAGCUGCCAAGGGGUCACUGGGGCCAUUGUGAACAGUAGCUGAUAGAUGUAAUUUCUCUCACCAUGCAGGAUGUGGGAAGAGAGGAAGCUCAGUGUGCCUUUUGCCUAGGAAGCUCAGGAGAUCAGCUGGGAUGAUCUCUGUGACAAAGGGUGUGUUGCAGAAAGGGCUCUCCUGCUCCACUCAGCUAUAUUAUUACUAUCUAUUAGCCUAUAUAUCUUGAGAUAUACUGGUAUGCCAAGGUGGGUGUGCCACACUGCUCUCAAUCAUCUAGUUCAAAAUUAACUACCUUGGAUAAAUGGUGCAGCGUGCUGCUUCUAAUUCCCAUUGAGCAUAACAUUUAGCCAGCUUCAUGUUAAUGAAUAGAUUGCAAUGGCUAGUUAAUAGGUAGGUGUAUGGAGACUUUUUCUGUGACUAGAUGGAACCUACCUUUCUUAUCCAGAUAAAAUAUUUUAAAUCUAGGUCUAGCUACUGCUCUGACUGUGGUACUUGCAGUCUUCACAGUAGCUUACUUCAGUGGAUGUUUGGAUAUUUAUAUGAUUAGUAAAUAAACUAUAAUGAAAAAAAGUUACAAACAUUAUAAUAAUUUAUAAUUUAAGGUAGUUGCUACAUUAACACUUUUUGUUACUUAAUCUACCUUAGAAAGAAAAAAAUGAAGGAAAGUUAAUACAAAUAAGUGUUCUGCACUAAGCAGUAGAGCUUCAUAAAUCAAAAUUUUCAUGCAGGCAAACUGGCUGCAGUUCAUAAAGGAUCGGUUAUGUGGUUUUGAACAAAAGGUUGAAAGCUUUUCUGAAAAUUAAAAUUUAUAUCAUAACGUAUAUUUUAAAAUGUGCUGAGAGAUACUGUAUUAUUUAUUACCAGUUUACAAUUUAAAUUCAUGCCAAACAUACAGUUUUUAUAGAUGAUUAACUGAGGCCAUUAAAAUGUUUCAUUCUGUGUUUGUUACAGUGGCUGUUUAAUAAACAAACACCUCAUGUUUCUGCACAGCUCUGUGUUCUCUUGCUCAAGUGAGUUGCAGUAUGGUUAUUGUCUACAAUGCUUUGCAAGGCUGCUAAAGUGGCAGGUUCCUAUUUGCAAGGGAUAGCUCCUUAAACUUGCUUUCAUGAUGGCACACCUUCACAGUGGGUUCAGUGAGUAAAACUGUAUACCACUGGUGCUAUUCUCGGGGUCCUGAGUGCCUUCAGUAGGACUGAAGGCUUUACAGAUGUGCCUGAGUCAUCCUUAUGACUUCCUCAAUGGAGAGGACCUGUCUCGUGAACUCUUAGCUCACAAAAGUUAGUCUGGCAAGUGAACUUAAGGCUGUACCAAGACAAAUUGUGAAGAACCUGGAUGUUGGGUAACUCUAGCUCUCUCAUAGGAAGUUGCUGUCAAGUUCAGGCCUGCAACUGGUAGUGGCUGGUAAUGUUCAAUACUUUCUGUGUCAUGUUGUAUCACCUGAAACGUUGUCUUUUUAUUCAUACCUCUCUAUCUUCUGUGUUCAGUCUUGAAUGUAUUUGAAUGUCCUUUCAGUUAAUGGCUUUGUAAAAGUGUAAGUACAAAAAAAUUUAUCUAAGUGUAUCAUGUAUAGAAUUGUACUUAAAGAUUCUUAAUAAUGUAAUUGCACUGCAGCUGCUUAUUACUGUUAUUUCUUCUGAAAUGUGUUAUCACUAGCAGUUUACAGAGACAGGAAAACAACACAAUACAACACUUUAAUAACUUAUUUAUUUGCAAAGAUUAUAAGAUUUUUUGGGAUAUAGAUUCAGAUAUUUGUUUUAGAGAUUGUUAAUACUGUAGCACUGUAGAAAUUAUGCAUCAAUUAAAAGACAUGUUCUAAAGUA